AUAGAGGAAAAAAUUACAGAAAUAUUAAAACAUUUGAAAUUUUCGUAAAACAAAAAUUGCAUUUAAAACUGGUUGCAAUAAUUAGCGAUUGAACAAAAACUGCAACAACAAAUUAUAUGAAAACUCGUAAAAACUACUAUAAAUACCUGCAUACUUAGAGAAUUUGUUGGAAUAACGAAUAUGAAAUGUGAAAAACGAUAAUGAGAUCACGAGUAUAAAUCCCAAUAAAAGAAUAGCACGAGCAAAACACUACAAUUUAGUACCAGCAACAGCAACAACAGGAAAGCAAUAAAAAAUUAAUUGCAGCAAAGUCGUAAUUAUUGUACUAACAACAAAAACGACAACGACAUUUUUCUGCUACAUUACGCCAUUCCCUGAUAGGUCUUGCAGACACAGUCGCAAAACCUACAACAUUAGUUGACGCCACAUCCUACAACUCAGUGCAACGCGAAGGGGCUGUCGUGCCUUCCUGUGAACACUACAUUAAUGUAAACACUGAGUGGCAAUUCGAUUGUGUAUACCUGUGUGUGUGUGUGUGUGUGCGCGCGUAUGGAAUGCGUUCACUCAACACCAUCAGUAACAUAUAACGAAGCCAAUAACAACGAACAUAUCACAACGACACAUUGCGGCAACCAUAACGCACAACGAAAGUGAAAGCACAAGUAACUGCACAUUGAAAGCGCGACAAAUACACCGACCGAUAAACAGACAACCACAAUUUACAAUCACAUAAGCAGCUUAUUGUAAUAAAACGCUUUUUUUAGCAUUGAAAAUAUCCACACGCACAUACCGCAUAAGCCAAACGAAAAAGAAAAAUAGAAAUAAAAAUAAAAACAAUACCGUAUUUAUUGGCAGCAGGCGGAAUAGACACAUCUACGUACAUAAAUGUAUAAAAAAAGCUUUGAUUUUACGCAAUUACUAACAACUAUAAAGCGCAUGAAAAAGAUUCACAUUUCUACGCGUUGAAACAGCGGUUGUUGGUGACAAAAACCAAAAAACAAACGAAAAAAAAAAACAAAAAACAACAUAAAUACUAAAUUGGCCAAAUUUAACAUAAGAAUAAGCACAUUCACCAAAAAGGCAAUAAGAGAAGCAAUAAAAUUCCAAAUUCCAAAAGUACAAAAAAAGCAUUCAACUCAAUCAUCAAAUGGUGGUAGUUCAGUUGGCGGCAACAAAUUCACUCAAAUCUUUACGAAUUCGACUCAACUCACAUUGACGGCGACCGAAUUCACUUAGUCAACACCCAAGCAUUCCAUACAUUCAAGCGCUUUACAGUGAACAUCAUAAAUUUUGCAUUGAAACGAGUUGUGUUGACCGGUACCGUGGUAUCGUGAUACCGUUCUGUUUCUUGCCGUUGUUGUUGUUAUUAUUCAUUUGUUUUCGUGCAUAUACGACAAUCGUUAUUUUUGUUUCAACUUUUUUCUCUACAAUAUUGCACGCAAACAUCACAACAAUAACAACGAACACAAUGAAUUAUGAAAAGGCCAUCGGUGAAACGCAGCAGCACAAGAGCAAAAACAACAAAAAUAGCAUACAAAGUUUUUGGAAUGAUCAAAUAAUGGAGCGUUUUAUAAAGGCCAAUUUAUUUAUGAUUUGCUGUGUGGCUGCCGGAUUGUUACUGAUCGUGUACUUGGGUGCCUUCUCCUGUGAAGUGUCCUGGAUACUGGAGGCGCACGGCGAUUUGCCCAUAUCCUCAUACAUCCUCUGCACACAGUUUUUUAUAGUUUUUGUAGCAACAACAAUACUCAUACAUGGACUUGUCACAGGCUUGCCGUGGGGCCUAUUCGCAUGGUCAGUGGUCAUUGGUCUACUCUCCAUACCGGAGCUGAUAUUUGUCAUGAUUAUGACAACACAACAUUGGGGUCUGCAAUCGGUGCACGGUCUCACCGAGUUGAUUUCCUACCUUGUAAGGCUGGUGAUAAAUUGUUUUGCGUUGAUUUGUGUGAUACCCACAGGCAUAAGAUGGCGUCGCGAGACGCAGGUGCUUACACAACUGCAGGGCUUGGCUACACGCCUCCAGUUGCAGACUCCGCCGCCCAGCGUGCCAAUUGUCAAGGCCGAUUCGCGGCGUUCCAGCAAACGACGCCAGAGUGGCGCUUUCGAGAAUGCAGGGUAUGAGGUGAGCGAACCGACGAAGAUCAGUAUGAGCGGCUCACAAGCACAAGGCCUAAAUAUGUACAACGCCAAUCCGCUAUUUGGCUCUCAAAAUGAAUUCAAUGCUGCGAUUUUUAUGCCACAAUAUAUGCAACAGUUCAAUGGCCACAGUUGUGGCAACAACGGUGUUCAAAUGCGCAACGGCAAUCGCGCGCAAUCAUUGAUGGAUCUACGUUGCACACUUCCCGGCAUGUAUAACCCGCGCUACGUGCUCGACACGGAGGAUAAAAAUGGCAAAUAUUUCAAUAUAACCAUCGACGAUCUGAAGAACAGUAUACAAGACUCAAAAAAGCAUCAGGCGCCACCUUCGCUAAUAGGAUCGGUUAACGAUCCCAUUUACUGUUCGAUUGAGCCCAAACAGCAAACUCCGCCACAACAAAGGCAACGCUCACCGGAAAAAUCCUCACAGCCGACGACAAAGUUGGCGCGCAACUGCAUCUCGCUGGAAAAUUUGGAUGGCAUUGCGAAGGUGCAAAACGAAUUGGCUGCCUAUGGCAACAAUUUGUUGCAGAAUUACACGCAGCAGCAACAAUACUACUUGGCCAUGUUGAGCGGGUAUUUGAAUCCAGUGCAUGGCACAGGCGUCUAUCGGCGCCCGUCAAGUGGCUCUGCCGUGGGCGGCUUCUCGGGCACCGUAUUGGCCCAGCCAGUGCCGCGUAGGAAUCCCCAACCACUGCAAUACUAUGGCGGCUAUGAUUAUGCGAACUACACAAAUCCCUACAUUACGGCGAACAGCAAAUUGUCUUUGGGCAAUGAGUCCGAUGACUAUCGGAAAUAUCGCGAUGUCGCGUUGUAGAGGGGUAGACGGGUAUAUACGAGAUGAGACGAAAGAAUUGGGUGCAUAAAUGUAUAUUUAGGUUAUGUCAUAAGGUGCUAGAAAAAUAGUCAAUGAUAAUUUUAUUUUGAAUUAGGGUAAGUCUAAGCUUAAGAGGAAUAGAAAUAUUUAAAGCAAAGAUUUUGUUUGGAAUCACAUAAGUACUGAUUGAUUAACAAAUCGUGUUAAGUUUGUUCAUGUAUUGUAAAAAUUAUCCAUUAAGUUGCCAGUAAAUUAGUUUAUGAGAAUUCGCUCUCAAAGAGAAACAUAUCAAAAAAUGUACAUGAACGAAAAACCAGUAACAAUUGGCAACUUUUACGAACAGCUGAUUAAAUUGUUGCGGAAGAAAAAUCACAAAAAGUAAAUAACAAAAAAAUCAGUUGAGCUACCUCGUAUUAAAUUUAAAAAAGUAGUAAAGCAAAUAAAAUGUAAAACAACGAGCUUGGCAUCAUAUUAUUUUAUUUUGAUCACAAUAAUUUGUUCCAAUUCAUGUUGUUGUUGUAGCAGUAACUUUCCCCUGUCAGUGUAGUGUAACCACCGGUCGUCUUCAACUAGCUCAUCUAACGGUAGGCCCAGGAAACUUGUUGUUUCAACAGGUUGGGUUCAGAGGGAGAGGGGUGUUAGAUGAGUGGGUUUGGUGGGGCAUAUGAUAAAGUGGUUAGUGCCUUGCGGGGCGCCUUCGCAGGCUGGGCAUAUGUUUGGUAUGCCGGGGUCGAUUCUGGAUAGAUAGGAGUUUAACCUGUAUCAGGAACGUAAUUGUGCCCCAGUAAACUAGCCCUGUGUAGUGUAUCGUUGUUCCAUUUCAUCAUUGCUGUUGGUUGAAGAACAUUCCAUAUAUUCCUUGCUUUCUUGCAUGUAUGUAUAUAUGUACAGUGAAUCAAAAACGUAUUGGCACACUCGAAAAAUCCAAGUUCUCAGAGCUAUAACUUUUCUUAAUGCUUUUUUGAUGUAAAUUUGUGCCUUUUUUAACUUCCAGGGUUGAGCUUGUAAACCUAUGUCGAUAUUCAUUUUUUUUUUGUUUUUGUUCAGAUACGUAAUAAAUAAAUACAUUUUAUAUUUUUUUAUACUUUCAAAAAGUUAUAGCUCUGAGAACUUUGAUUUUUCGAGUGUGCCAAUACUUUUUUGACUCACUGUAUGUAUAUUGCCUAAUAAGAUAACAACCAAGAAUUACAAGCAUGAAACACAAAAGAUACCUUCCAUGUUUUCGAUUUGUGUUUCGUACACCCUUUUUGGGUGUUUGGCCGAGCUCCUCCUCCUAUUUGUGGUGUGCGUCUUGAUGUUCCACAAAUGGAGGGACCUACAGUUUCAAGCCGACUCCGAACGGCAGAUAUUUUUAUGAGGAGCUUUUUCAUGGCAGAAAUACACUCGGAGGUUUGCCAUUGCCUGCCGAGGGGCGACCGCUAUUAGAAAAAAGUUUUUAUUCAGAAGUGCAUACACACCUCAAUAUGAUUGGCUGAUUCCUAUUUAAUAUAUGACUUCAAAUAAACUUUAUAAUUUUUAUCUAAUUUAUCCAUUUUAAUCACCAUUUUUAUUUAAAUUUAGAACUUUGACUUAAUUCGCAAAUUUGAAUUCGUGUUUAUUAUUACUUCGCAAUCAGCUGUUUUUUUCACUUUCAUAUGCUUACAAGUAAAAAAUUACCCAGUAAAAACUUACAACUUCCACUCAAAAUGAAAUGUCAUUUUGCUCUCACAUUUUCCCCUACUUUGCAAGUUUUCUGGAUGCAUGAACACCAAAACUUGAUAAUUUGUAACGAUUGCUUAACGAACAGACCUAUUAUUAUAUUAACAAUGACAAGCAAAUAAGGUUACAAAAGGAUAAAGAAAUUACAACUAAAAUAAGAAAUAAAAUUACUUACAUAUAAAAAAAUUAAGUAAAGAAAGUAAAAUAAAAUAAAACAAAGAAACUGUAAAGGCAGUAGAACAAGAAAUAAGAUAAUAAUCUUUUGUGGAGUAAAAUAAAGUAAAUAAAACAAAAUAACAUUAAUUAACCCUUUGCACUCGAGAGAUGAUUCUCGCGCUCACGACAUGAUUGAAUGCCGCUACUCGAGAGGGGAUUCUCGCUCACCACUUUAUUUGGUGUGGAAAUUUAAUGCGUAAACUAAGUAUAUAUUUAUGUUUCACUUUGUGGUGAUUGAUAUCUUAUCGUUUAUGUUUGUGACAUCGUUCUUUAAAGUACGAUAUUAUCUUCGUAAAUAUGUGAAGAAACAUUAAGUAUUGAAAUAUAAAAGUGUUAUGUGUUACUUUAUGCGAGCAAUCAUUUUAAGUUUGAGGUAGGAAGUUCACCAAAGGCGCUACGAAACUCUUCGUGUUGCUGGUUAGUCUCGAGUGCAAAGGGUUAAAAUAAAUGUAUACCCAUAUGUAUGUAUGUACAUAUUCGAAUGUUUGAAGGAAAAUUUAACUUUAUUUUAUAAGCUUUAUACCUCUAUUUAUUUUUUUUUUUACAUAUAUAAUAAUAUAAAUAAAUAUUUAUUGUGAGACAAAACGACAAUAACCGAAUGCUACCGAGAGUAACACAAUUAAUAACGACAACCAAAGAGCCAGCUAACUCAAAGAUAACUAAAACAGAAAUUGAAUAAAUGCAAAGUUCUGUGUGUACGAUUGCUGAACUACAUAAAGGUGCAUAAAUAAUCAUAAGCGCUAUAAAUAUGAAAACUGCUAGAAAAUCUGAUUACAAAUAUUGUUUAUAAAGAACUACAAACCUUUCUGUAAGUUGUUAAAACCAAAUUUUCACAUGUUAAGGGGUUAGGGGUAGUCAGAGGUCCGAAAAAAUUAUGAUUUUCAAUCAUUUUUUUUUUGCUAGUCAAUUGCUUUAUUUUACAAAAAUAAAAACAUAGCAUUAAUACUUCAUGCUACGACUUGACUUAAGCAAAAUUUCAAAAAACAAAAAAAAAAUGUAUAAUUGUAAAAGUUAUCGCUGUUUGUGUGGAGCCCGUUUCUCCAGAAGUCCCUUGCGGUGAACAUCACAAGUCCUUGGAGAUUCAUCUAAAAUAAAUCGGAAAAAGAUAAAUUAGUUUUGUUAAUAGAUAAUCUUGUGCCUGAUCGAAGAUUUUAUUUUUUGUCAAAAUUAACAAUAUGGCGGUCUCAGGAAAUAUUUUUCAGAUUUUCGAGAAAAAAAUUGACAAUUAAUUGUUUAAAAUAAAUCGAAAUUUUUGAAAAACCAAAAAAAAAAAUCCUUCAAUCAGGCACAAGUUUUUUAUGUUUUUUAAAAGCAGUAUAAAUUUUAUUGAAAUCUACCAAGCGGUUUCUAAGUUACAGUGAUCACCAGUUCAAAAAUCAAAGUUUUGAGAAAAACGCAUUUAAACUUUUGCUAUCACCAGUUCAAAAAUCAAAGUUUUGAGAAAAACGCAUUUAAACUUUUGCUAUCUGCUCCGGAACGCCCGUGAGCCCUUUGUUAAUUGUUGAAUAACUCGAAAAGUAUUUGUCGGAUUCACUUCAAAUUUCCACACAAUAUUUUUAAGAUAUUAUACUUUAAGAAAAUGCAAGAAAAACCAAUAUUUUGAAAAUUCUGACUACCCCUAAUCCCUUAAUGAAAACUUUAGCAAAACGUAUAUCCAGACAAAUUGUUCAAAUCGCAUAAAAAAAUUUUAAUUUUCAAAAUUUGUGCUGAAAUUUAAUUAUUCUAAAAUUAAGUCGCUAUAAUAUUACUUUGGGGAAAAAUAAAUGCAUUAUUUUGGUGUAAGAUUUUUGCGCAAAUGGUUUAAAACUGUUUGUGGUCGAUCUUUAGCUCCUGGGCGAUGUUACGACUGAUAACAUGCCGAUCAACUUUGAUUUUUUCUGUGAUUUUAUAGACAUUUUCGACAUUAUUGACAUUUCCUUUAAUAUCAAAAAUUCCUGAACGGAAUCCAACGAAACCAAAAUUGCACGUAAUUGGCUGUUAGAGUAUCGGCGCCAUAAACUCUUCUUCUUAAUUGGCACGAUAACCGCUUACGCGAUUUUGGCCGAGCUUAACAAAGCGCGCCAGUCGUUUCUUUCUCGUGCUAACCGGCGCCAAUUGGACACACCAAGUGAAGCCAAGUCCUUCUCCACCUGAUCUUUCCAACGCAGAGGAGGCCGCCCUCUUCCUCUGCUACCACCAGCUGGUACCGCAUCGAAUACUUUCAAAGCCGGAGCGUUUGUAUCCAUUCGGACGACAUGACCCAGCCCACGUAGCCGCUGGAUCUUUAUUCGCUGCGCUAUGUCUAUGCCGUCGUAAAGCUCAUACAGCUCAUCGUUCCAUCGUCUGCGAUAUUCGCCGUUGCCAACGUGCAAAGGUCCAAAAAUCUUACGCAGAAUCUUUCUCUCGAACACUCCAAGCGUCGCUUCAUCGGAUGUUGUCAUCGUCCAAGCUUCUGCGCCAUACGUCAGGACGGGCAUGAUGAGAGUCUUGUAGAGUGUUAGUUUUGUUCGUCGAGAGAGGACUUUACUGCUCAGUUGCCUACUUAGUCCAAAGUAGCACUUGUUGGCAAGAGAGAUUCUACGUUGGAUUUCAAGGCUGACAUUGUUAUCGGUGUUAAUGCUGGUUCCUAAAUAGACGAAGUCUUUUACAACCUCAAAAUUAUAACUGUCUAUAGUGACGUGGGUGCCGAUACGCGAGUGCGCCGACUGUUUGUUUGAAGACAGGAGGUACUUCGUUUUGUCCUCGUUCACCACCAAACCCAUUCGCUUUGCCUCUUUAUCCAGUUUGGAGAAGACAGAACUAACAGCGCGGUUGUUAAGGCCGAUGAUAUCGAUAUCAUCGGCAUACGCCAACAAUUGUACGCUCUUAUAAAAUAUUGUGCCUGAGCGAUUAGUUCUGCGGCUCGUACGAUGCUCUCCAACAUCAGGUUAAAGAAGUCACACGACAGUGAGUCACCCUGUCUGAAACCUCGUUUGGUAUCAAACGGCUCGGAGAGGUCCUUCCCAAUUCUGACGGCGCUGCUGGUGUUGAGCAACGUCAUCUUACAUAGCCGUAUUAGUUUUGCGGGGAUACCAAAUUCAGACAUAGCGGCAUACAGGUAACUCCUUUCCGUACUGUCGAAUGCAGCUUUGAAGUCGACAAAAAGAUGGUGUGUGUCGAUUCUCCUUUCGUGGGUCUUUUCCAAGAUUUGGCGUAUUGUGAACAUUUGGUCGAUGGUAGAGUUUCCAGGUCUGAAGCCACACUGAUAAGGUCCAAUCAGUUGGUUGACGGUGGGCUUCAGCCUUUCACACAAUACGCUCGCUAGAACCUUAUAGGCGAUAUUUAGAAGACUAAUCCCGCGGUAAUUGGCACAAAUUGCAGGAUCACCCUUCUUAUGGAUUGGGCAGAGCACACUUAAAUUCCAAUCGGCAGGCAUGCUUUCAUCCGCCCAUAUUUUGCAUAGGAGCUGAUGCAUGCACCUUACCAGCUCCUCGCCGCCAUGUUUGAAUAGCUCAGCCGGCAGUCCGUCGGCGCCCGCGGCUUUGUUGUUCUUUAGCCGCGUUAUCGCUAUUCUCACCUCGUCAUGGUCGGGUAACGGAACUACAAUUCCGUCGUCAACGAUUGGGGUAUCGGGAUCUUCACAUUCUCUAUGACAUGCGCGGCUGUCACUGUUUAACAGGUUCGAGAAGUGUUCCCUCCAUAAUUUAAGAUUGCUCUGUACGUCAGUCACCAGAUCGCCGUCUUUGUUCUUGCAGGAAAACGCCCCGGUCUUAAAACCUUCUAUAAGCCGCCGAACUUUCUGGUAGAAUUUUCGGGCGUUGUUCCUAUUGGCUAGCAUCUCAAGCUCCUCGCACUCACGUAUUUCGGCCUCUCGUUUCUUCUGUCGGAUAAUACGUCUCUCUUCCUUUUUCAGCUCUCUGUAGCGAUCCCACAUGGCUCGCGUUGCGCCCGAUCGCAGCGUGGCUCUAUAGGCGGCAUCUUUUCUUUCUGCGGCAGCAUGACAUUCCUCGUCGUAUCGGCGCCAUAAACUGCAUUCACAAUUUCAGCGGUCUGGCUUGCAUUUUUUCCUUUAUCAAAGGAAAAUUCAAAAAUAUACCGAACUUUCACUUUAUUAACUUUCUUGACAUUGUUAACACCCUGUAACUCACAACUGAAUGGAGCAAACAAAAAACGGCAAAAUAAUUUGUUUAAUGUGAAAUGUCACCUUGACAACGAUUGUUUGAUAGGUACUUCAGAAGAUAUCCAUCACUCCAGCCAUUUAACGAGAAAAUAAUGGAUUUCUUUCUCCCCAAACAAAUAUUUAAUUUGUUAAAUCUUUUUAUAUUUACUUUAGUUAAUUUUAUUUGCUAAUUAAUUAAAAUAAAGGCAAAUGUAAAUAUUAAUACUCUAUUCAA